AUGUCUUUUGAAGCCCGUGUGAAGUCCGUUCUCUCCGGCGACACGGUGGUGUUGUCGAACCUCACAAAUCCCGCACAAGAGCGUGUGCUUUCCUUAGCCUACGUCUCCGCCCCACGGUUGAGGAGGGAAGGUGAUGAGCCUUACGCUUUCCAGUCCCGCGAAUUCCUCCGUGAGCUGCUCGUUGGCAAGGUCAUCCAAUUCCAUGUCGUAUACUCUAUCCCCACCGGUGCUAAGCGCGAGUAUGGUAUCAUCCGAUUGCCUGGGUUCGACGCACAGCUUCCCGACAUCAGUGUUCAGGAAGGCUGGAGCAAGGUUCGUGAGGAGGCUGGCAAGCGCAGCGAUGAGUCUGAAGAGACACUGGCCCUACUAGACCGGCUACGAGCACUCGAAUCACUAGCUCAGGACGAGAAUAAGGGUCUUUGGAGUUCCUCAGACAAGGGCCUGAUCGAGACUACCUACGAAUUGGCCAAUGGACAGGCACUCGCCAGCAAGCACAGAGGCGAGCAAUUGGAGGGUAUCAUUGAGCGAGUGUUGAAUGGUGACCGAGUUGUGCUUCGCCUCUUGCUUUCUCCAACGGAGCACAUCCAGACCGUCGCCGCUGUGGCUGGUGUCCGUGCCCCUUCUGCCAAGCGCACCACUGCCGAUGGCAAGGAGCAAGCCGCUGAGCCCUUCGGUGACGAGGCCCAGCAAUUUGUUGAGACCCGACUCCUGCAGCGCAAGGUCAAGGUCUUCCUGCUUGGUGUCACCCCACAGGGCCAGCUGGUUGCCACUCUUCUGCACCCCAACGGCAACAUCGCACGUUUCCUCCUUGAGGAAGGGUUGGCCCGCUGCCAAGAUCACCAUUCUGCCAUGCUUGGUGGCGAUAUGGUAUUGCUUCGUCAGGCUGAGCUGAAGGCGAAGAAUGCCCGCAAGGGCAUUUUCACCAGCCACGUUGCUCCCAAGGGCUCGGGUGCCGCUGCUCUCGAUUACACAGUGGGCCGGGUUCUCAACGCCGACACCAUCUUCAUUCGCAACAAAGCCGGCCAGGAAAAGAAGAUCAGCUUGGCUAGCAUCCGUCAGCCCAAGCCCUCCGACCCAAAGCAGGCUCCCUUCGCCAAUGAUGCUAAGGAGUUCCUGCGCAAGAAGAUCAUUGGUAAGAGUGUCAAGGUCACAAUCAACGGGAAGAAACCUGCCAAUGAAGGCUACGAGGAGCGUGAGGUCGGCACCGUCGUUCUCGGUAAUACCAACAUUGGACUGGCCCUUGUUGAGGCUGGCUACGCUUCCGUGAUCCGCCACCGCAUGGACGAUGAUGAUCGAUCCCCCGACUACGACUCCUUUCUUGUUGCGGAAGCCGAGGCUCAACAAGACGCCCGUGGAAUGUGGUCUCCCAAGCCACCCAAGGUCAAGCAGUACCAGGACUACUCCGAAAGCGUGCAAAAGGCGAAGCUCGAGGUCGGCAUUCUGCAGCGGUCUAAGCGCGUUCCCGCCGUUGUGGACUUUGUCAAAUCCGGUUCCCGCUUCACUGUCCUUGUGCCUCGUGAGAACGCCAAGCUGACUCUGGUUCUGUCUGGCAUCCGCGCUCCCCGAUCGGCCCGCGGUCCUAAUGACGCUGGUGAGCCAUUUGGCCAGGAGGCUCAUGACCUGGCCAACCGUCGCUGCAUGCAGCGCGAUGUGGAAAUCGAUGUCGAGACUAUCGAUAAGGUUGGUGGGUUUAUCGGUACUCUCUACGUGAACAAGGAGAACUUCACCAAGAUCUUGCUCGAGGAGGGUCUCGCUACGGUACACGCCUACUCUGCUGAGCAAUCAGGCCACGCCAACGAGUACUUUGCUGCUGAGCAGCGUGCGAAGGAUGCUCGCAAGGGUCUCUGGCACGACUGGGAUCCCAGCAAGGAGGCCGAAGCUGAAGAGUCCGAGGCCGCCCACGGCAACGGUAAUGAGAGCGAAGCUGCCGCCGCUGCGGCUCGUCGCAAGGAUUAUCGCGAUGUCAUGGUGACCCACAUCGAUCCAGAGACUGGGCGCCUCAAGUUGCAACAAGUCGGCAGCGGUACUAGUGCCCUGACUGAGCUCAUGAGCGCCUUCCGCGCUUUCCACAUCAACAAGGCCAAUGACACCCCUCUACCUGGUCCCCCCAAGGCUGGCGACUGGGUUGCUGCCCAGUUCACCGAGGAUGGUAACUGGUACCGCGCCCGAGUUCGCCGCAACGAUCGCGAGAAGGAGCAGGCCGAGGUGGUCUACAUCGACUUUGGUAACUCUGAGGUUCUCCCCUGGAAGGCUCUGCGUCCUCUUACGCAGCCUCAAUUCUCCGCUCAGAAGCUCCGUCCCCAAGCUAUCGAUGCCGUUCUCUCUCUGCUGCAAUUCCCCACCUCCCGAGACUACAUGGACGAUGCGGUGGCUUUCCUCGGCGAUCAAACAUUUGACCGUCAGCUGGUUGCCAAUGUCGAUCACGUCGAGGCAGAUGGCCUUCUGCACGUCACCCUCCUUGAUCCCUCCGUCUCCAAGAGCUUGGACCAGAGCAUCAACGCCGACGUGAUUCGGGAGGGUUUCGCAAUGGUCCCCCGCAAGCUGAAGGCGUGGGAGCGUGCAUCUACCGAGACAUUGCAGAACCUGCGCGAGCUCGAGGAGGAGGCGAAGGCUAGCCGCCUGGGAAUGUGGGAGUACGGUGAUCUCACCGAGGACUGA